AUGGCCUUCGGUUCCCGUAUCCGCGGCCUCUGCGCCGCCGCCGCACUCGCCACCGCUGUCGUCGUGUCCCCGGCCGAUGCGUGGGUUGCCCCCAUUAUCACCAAGGGCAACAAGUUCUUCAACUCGGAGACCGGCAUGGAGUUCCGCAUGGCGUACUACCCGCGCCCCAACAGCGGCGAGAUGGCCGACGUGAGCAACUACGACUGGGCCGCCGACGAGCACGAGGCCGUGUGGAAGCCCCACCUCGAGGUCAUGAAGGACCUCGGCGUCAAUACCAUCCGACUGUACUCGGUGGACCCCAGCAAGUCCCACGACAAGUUCAUUGUUCUGCUGGCAGGUGCGAGAACUGCUCGGUGCUCGACUUCAAGCCGCCCAAGUGCUACCCGGACGACCUGUUCACGCGCGCAGAUGGUCUACAACGCCUUCGCGGUGUACGACAACACGCUCGGCUUCAGUGUCGGUAACGAGAACAACCUCCAGGUGAAGAACGGCGCCGCUGGCACGACCACGGCUCCGUGUGUCAAGGCCUUCCUGCGUGACACGCGCAGUUACGCUGCGAGCUGCUCGGGCUCCGUGCGUCAGGUGCCGAUCGGCCUGGACAUUGCCGACAUCCCUCCUCGUGAGCAGUGGAUCUCGUACUACGACUGCGCCAUUGACGAUGACGAGAACACCCGUGCCGAAUGGAUGGGCUUCAACCCGUACGUCGAGGGUGACCCCGCCACGCACCUGGAGUACUCGCAGUCGACGGGCCUCAAGAAGCUCAUGUCCGAGUACGCCGAGGUCGGCUACGCUCACCCGUUCAUGUUCGGCGAGUUCGGAUGCAACAAGGGCAAGAACACUGUUGAGGGCUACGAGAACCAGCGCUCGUUCCUCGAUGCCAAGUGGAUGAACGAGGAGAAGGAGAUGACGGACGAGAUCGUGGGCGGCAACGUCUUCGAGUUCACGACGGAGAUUGCUAACCUGGUCGAGAGCAAGACCCUCACCAAGACCGGCGACGCGGGCAAGUACGGCGUUGGCUACUUCAUGCCGGAAGACUGCGACAACGAGCUCACCGAGUGCGUCUUCACGCCCUACCCGGACUACGACAACCUGAAGAAGGCGUACACGACCACCACCGUCGAGCACGACAGCUACACGCCUACGCGCACCGCCAUCCUGGAGUGCUCGAAGAACAUUUCGAGCGAGCUGCCACCUACGCCCAAGGUCCCCGUUCUGGAGUGCACCAUCACGCAGCCCGUUUGCAACGGCAUCAAGGGCAACAGCUACGAGCACCACUCCACGGGCGCCGCCGUCGGUGAGAAGCGAACGCCCACGAACGAGGAGAGCAGCAGCGCGUCCAUUACGGACGCCACCACGGGAAGCAGCGGCGCCAGUGCCACGGUGUCUGCCGCGGCGUUCGUUCUGUCGGUGGCCACGGUGGCGGCCACUGCCAUGUCGCUCUUCUAG